AUGGCUUCCGACUCUAUGCCACCAGACUUUUACGUCAAGGCCCUUCAGUUCACAAAGAAGGUCUACAGAGAUGAAUAUCCAGCCAUCAAACCAGAGAACUCUGAGCUCUCCCUUGCCGGCAAGGUUGUCAUCAUUACCGGCGCGAGCCGCGGCAUCGGUGGUUGGGGAAUCGUGCCGGCCUUUGCCAGAGCCGGGGCAAAAGCCCUCGUCCUCGUGGCCCGGGACGAGAAGAAGCUGUCAGACGUCGCGGCCAAGGUCAAGGAGCUCAACGCCAAUGUCGAAACGCUGGUCUACCCCGUCGACAUGACAGAUGAAGGAGGGAUCAAGGCCCUCUUUGAGAAAGUGAACGCGACGUACGGCCACGCCAACGUCCUGGUCAACAACGCCGCCGUGCAGACCUCGCUCGAGCUCAUCACAAACAGCGAUCCAAAACUCUGGAUAGAAGACUUGACCACCAACAUCAAGGGAACCUUCUACCCAACCUUCCACUUCCUCAAAUCCCUCCCCUCAACCGCCCACGGCCACAUCAUCAACAUCACCACGAUCACCCACUGGGUCGUGCCCACAAUGAGCUCCUACAUCAUCGCCAAGCUUGCGACGCAGCAGCUCAACGCCCACGUCACGAUCGAGAACCCGGACAACGUCACCACCGUCUCGGUGCACCCGGGCAUGGUCCACACCGACAUGACCAUGGACCAAUUCCGCCCCUUUGCGCACGACACCCCCGCUCUCGUGGGCGGGACGGCCGUCUGGCUUUGUUCGGACAAGGCGCGGUUCCUGAAUGGGAGGUUUGUCGCGACCAACUGGGAUGUCGAGGAGUUGGUGGAGCGGAAAGGGGAGAUUGAGGAGAAGAGGUUGUUGCAGGUUGAUUUGAACGGGCAGUUUGGGGCACAGCAAUUUGAGUGA